UGCGAAAAUUGAAGGUUAAAAAGAGAAAAAACACCAACGUUUUCCUCGUCAAGUUCCACGUCAAAACAAAACAAAAACGCGUCUUUGUUUCUAUCGGUUGCAAAAAGAAGGAUGGAGAGACAAGGCGAUGGUCGAAAUACAAAGCUCUGUAUUUCUGUAGCGGUGAAUUUCUUAGAAAAGAGGCUUGGACGGGCCCCGAUUGCCGAAAGUAAAGGAAGAUUUGACUUUUUGCCUGGAUAUUAACGGAACGGCGUUAACCCCGAGGGGCCUGAACGUGGCAGAGAGCGAAGGGUAGAGGGGAACGCGGAAUAUAAAGGAGAGUGCCCCGUGCUACAGGGGCUUAGUACCGUUCAAAGAUGCAGGCUGCCGAGAUGAUGCGCGAUACCAGGGCCAUCUGCUGCGAUCUUGUGUUUCUGUUAUCCCUCUCGAUCAGUUAUGUCCAUUCGUUUCCGCUUCAAGUUUUGCCUACCAUCCAGGGAUACAUUCCGGUUUACAUAAGGUAUGGUAAUCAACCACUCGAGGAGAUAAAUCCUAAGUUAGCCGAGGCGUUUCACGAGGGAUCGAGUACCCGCUACGCUGACUCGCCGAUGAAUAAUUUGAAUAAGAAACUUGAUCUAGAUCUUGCUAACGACGAGAACGAUGAGAAAUUAACAGAGGAGGAUUUGGAAAGAAAAUCUGCAGCCAAUGUGAUCAGAGAGGUUCAAGAAACGUGGAAAGUCGAUCCAUUAAUCGAGGAAGGGAAAAAUGUUGAAGAGAGAGAUAAAAGCGACAGAGUUAAAGGAGACAGAGUAAAGAGUCCAAAUAAUAUACACGAUUCGAAUUUCCAUCUCGCCGAAUCGUCUAUGGAUAAAUAUCGUUACAAAAACGAUCAAACUUUUACCUCGAACACAAAUGUCGAUCAAAUGAUCGCUCAAGAAUCAAUUCAAUCUGAUAUUUACGAAGAUGAACGUCGUGUCGAGGAUAGCACUUCUGACUCUUGACCUUGAAUGGAGGAUUCAAUUUCUGAGUUUGCCCGAGGAAAAAAAUUUUCUUUUUUUCUUUCUAAGCAAGAUCACCUUCGCAGCAAUCACUUUACUGCCACUGGAAAAAGCAACGAGCGGAAAAUGAAUAUU